CGUAGUUUGGCCGGCCUGUGCUUCCACCGACUUUCGCAGUCUUUGAUCGUUCCAGACUUCCCGUCCACACUCUCAGAUCCUGCCAUUAAUACUCUUCAGACUCCGCUUGGCUUCAGUCUGCGCUGUCCUUCUUGAUCGCCUUUGUCGCCUUUGUGCCACAAGGUCGGCCGACGCCAUGGAGCCGGCUUUCCUAAAACACCAGCGGCUUUCUUACAGCUCGUUUCAUCUCUGGCGUCCAUCGUAUCGAUCACAGAGGCUCAGCCCUUCGAGCUUCUGUGACACCGAUCUCACAUGGGCCCGAGCGGCAACGCCAUCUGCGCUCGUACCUUCAUCGUUCGAGUAUUUCUUGAUCGCAACGUCCCCUUCGUUCGCUCAAACCUGAUCCUCCACCUCGAAGAUUUGUACGGCAAGAUGGUCAACACAAAGAUGGUCAACGGUGACUCGACGCUCAUCAAGCGCAAAGAUCCACGAUCUACCGAGGGCAUGAAAGCUUACACGGGCUACUUUGCCCAGGGCAACGUCGAUAAGCUCGGCCAGGGCACUGCGGAAGAAGAGAAAGCAAGACUGAAGGACUAUCAGAGCCUCGUCUCUGGAUACUACGAUGGUGUGACGGAUGUCUUCGAAAAUGGCUGGGGACAAUGCUGGCACUUCUGCACGUUCUACAAAGGCGAGCCUUUCAAACAAGCCAUCGCCCGCUACGAACACUACCUCGCUCUCCGCAUCGGCAUCACACCUGGCUCAAAAGUCCUCGAUGUCAGUCAUUACUCUCACGUCAUCAAUGUGAACCGGGCUCGAAUGUCUAAGCAGGCGGGCUGUGGUGUCGGCGGACCUGCGACAGAAAUUGCUCGCUUUACAGAUGCUCACGUUACAGGCGUCACGAUCAAUGCGCAUCAAGUCAAAAAGGCCAAUCGAUACGCUGCCGAGAAAGGCCUCUCACAUCAGCUCAAGUUCGUUCAAGGCGACUUCAUGUCGCUUGUCGACACGUUCGGAGAGAACACCUUUGACUAUGUCUUUGCUUGCGAAGCGACGGUCCAUGCGCCAGACGCAAAGGGCUGCUACUCUCAAAUCAUGCGGGUGCUCAAACCUGGCGGCGUCUUUGGCAUGUACGAAUGGGUCAUGACGCAUCGCUACGAUCCGAGUAACCCUAAGCACGUCGAGAUCGCUCGUCAGAUCGAAUUUGGAGACGGUCUGCCUCAGAUGCGUACAGCAGACCAAUGCAAGGAAGCUGUGCUGGCUGCUGGUCUAGAAAUCCUCUACGAGGAAGACCUCGCCGAGCGUGACUGUGGCAAGCCCUGGUACUACCCUCUCACGGGUGACAUACGUCAAGCUCAAACAUUCGCCGACAUCUUCACCGUCAUUCGCACGACUACACUCGCCAUGUGGCUCACCUGUAUCUUCGUCGGCUGGCUCGAAUUCUUCAGACUUGCGCCAAAAGGCACGCGCGACUGUGUCGAAUCACUCAGUGUAGCAGCCGCUUCCCUCGGAGAAGGCGGCAAGCUCGGCAUCUUUACGCCCAUGCAGAUGAUCAUUGCCCGCAAACCGGAGUGACAACCUGUUCAAUGCAACCUUUUGCGUCAUUCCGUCGUCAUGCCACUUGAGUUUCGUCGCAGCACUCCUAUCUCGCGAAAGAUCGUACCACUUUCCAUCCUUGUAUCGGCAAGCAUCUUUUCCUCACCUCGCAGCAAGAGCAGCGAGCAUGGUGCAAGCGCCCGCCGUCAAUGGCAAUCAGCUCGUGCAGCGUCGCAAGGAGUUGCGCUCGGAGGAUGGCAUGCAAAAUUAUUGCGACUACUUUGCCAAUGGAAAAGUCGACCAACUCGGUCAAGGGACAAUCGAACAAGAAUCAAAGCGGAUCAAAGAAUACAAGAACGUCGUUGCGAGCUACUAUGAUGGCGUGACGGA